AUCAAAAACUUAUGCUUUUCGGGCUUUUGUCUUUCCUUCAGUACAAAUCACACUGUAGAAAUCCGCGUGCACACGUUUAUACUUCACCAUCAAGCCAGUUGUUAGCACAGCUAAGCACAGGCUGAGACUUCUCCUUCCUCCCUCCUACUUCUCUACCCUGUUUUUCUUCACUACCUACCAACCCAAACAGCUGAGACUAAAAAUAUUUCUCCUUUUGUCAGAACCCAUGUAUUCUUUUUUCAAAUACAAUAUCUUUACUUGAGAUACCUUGUGAAUAGUUUUAGGGGUCAUGUGCCUUGGAGAGAUUCUCUUGCUUUUCUUUAUCAGGCACUUGUCUCAGGACUGAUUGUUUUAAUUGGCAAGAUACCUUUUGCAUGCUGUGCUCUUGCUGAUUUUAUAAUAUUGCUUGUUUGCAAAGCUUCUUACUUUAAUACCAAUCACCUUUCUCUUCAGUCUCCUCAACAUCUCAGAACUUCAUCACCGAGAAGCCUAAGUUCAGAGUCUCAACAAGAAACGACUGGAAGUUGAAUUGAGUUUCGUCCUGUGAGCAGUCUUUGGAUAUGGAAGCUACAGACAUGUACAUUGGAAGCGGCUAUGGAACAUCACUGGUGGGUGGAAUGAAGUCAGGGGUAAUGACCAAGCUGGAAGCAAGCCUCCAAGGGGACCUUUUUGACCAUAUAGAUGAUCUACUGGACUUCUCAAAUGAAGAAAUUGGAGGACCCAUUGGAGAAAACAGUAUCAAUUUCCCAAAAUGUGACAUUUUUUGUGAAAGCUCCAAGACAGAAGCUGAGAGCUGCAAUCUCACUGUAGAUGGAGCAGAUGAAAGCAAUCCUGCAGACCUGUGUGUUCCUUGCGAUGAUUUGGCUGAGCUAGAAUGGCUUUCAAACUUUGUAGAAGACUCUUUUUUAGAGAAUGGACCAAAGCCACUAUUUUGCCCUGAUUUUGGAGUUGGAUUGGAGAAGAAACAUGGUGAAGAACAGAGUUCAGAUAAAUUUAGAAGCUCAAGUCCUAUAUCAGUAUUGGAAAGCAGCUCUUGCUCUGGAAAAAAUUCCACUUUAAUAUCAGAAAUCACUGUACCAGGAAAAGCAAGAAGCAAGAGGUCGAGAGUCCCAGUUUGCAAUUGGGCUUCAAGGAUUCUUUCCCCUGCUUCCUCUGAUAUUGUAUUGGAGAGUGGCCCAAACUCUUCCCUGUCUGCCAAUGCUGCUGUCAGUAGCGAUUCAGAUUACCUUGUUUCUGAGCAAGCAGAAUCCUAUCCCUCAAAAAAAUUCAUCAUGGCUACUCAAGGGAACAAGAAAAAGGUGCAGGACCCAAUAAAUGUCAGGAAAUGUAUGCAUUGCGGCAUACAGAAAACUCCACAGUGGAGAGCUGGACCUAUGGGCCCCAAGACGUUAUGUAAUGCCUGUGGUGUGAGAUACAAGUCUGGGAGACUUCUUCCAGAAUACAGACCUGCUGCAAGUCCUACUUUCUCAGUUGAGAAACACUCCAAUUCCCACAAGAAGGUCUUGGAAAUGAGACGUCAAAAGGACUCUAUCAAACAACCUACCUCCCAGGCAAAACAAACAUAUUUUGGAUCUGAAGAUGAUUACUUGGUACACAUCGAGGAGAAUUACAGGCUUCUUAUCUGAUACUAUGUUAGGAAUUAGGGAAAUUGAACCAUUGUAUGCCCAGAGACAUUCAAGGCCAAUCUCACCCACGCUGCAUUUUGGGGGAUUGGUCCUAUAUUGUUAAAUGGGUAAAAGCUUUGCUAUCAUUCUUUAUCUGGUCAAGGCUUCAUGAUUCUAGCAGAUUGGGCUAGAAAAUCAAAGUUUUUGUAAUUCAUUUGCCUCUGUCAUGUACAAUCAAUAUGUGAGGGAAAACAUGGUGGGUUGUGACAGAGAAUAUGUAUUUUGUAUUGAGGGAAGGGGAUAAGGGAGUAGUCUGGAGGGUCAUUGGAUGUAUUCUUUUUGUAAGAUUUAGUCCAUUCUGUGAAGUUGGGGAUAGGGUUCUUGAGAAAAAGGUCCAAUUUCCCAAUUUAGGGUAAAUAUAUGUUUUAAGAGGUAAAACAAUGAACAUGAUAAAGAGUCCUGCUGGGUUCUGCUGGAUUGAGCAGAGUAGGUCUGUGAAAUCCUUUUUUCUGCAUGUUAAGCAGGGUAAGGUCUGUGAAAUCUAGAAGAGAGAGAUGUCAUAACCAUGUAGGACAAGUGCAUGCAUGAGGCUUCAGAAAAGGGUGGAAAAUUGGACUUUCUUGUUUAGUUGGCAUGGCUUUGCCUUUUUUCUCUAUAGAAGUAAUGAAGUGUUUUUGGUA